GUCCUUUUGGUCAACUUGCAAAUUAGCUCUUUAUAUUUAAACCGAAAGAAAAAGAAAAAAAGAAACAAAAAGAGUAACGGAGAUAUGGUAAGUGGCGGCGGCGAUAGUAACAGAGCGGAGGUGGAUCAGUGGCUAGAUACAUCGGAGAAGCUUUUGGCUUCAAGUGACUUUCAUGGAGCAAAGACCUUUGCGAUCCGCGCAUGCAAAGCUGAUCCGUCUCGAACUGACAUAGCGGACUAUAUCCUCGCAAUCACCGACACUCUCAUCGCCGGAGAAACUACCGUCGGAGAUUCCAAAUUACCAGACUGGUACGCCGUUCUCCGACUCAGCCGCUUAACUCGAAACCCCGAACACGUCGCGACUCAGUACCGUAGACUUGCGCUUCUCCUCAAUCUCAGUGUCAAUCGUCUCCCUUUCGCCGAUGAAGCUCUUAAGCUGGUCACUGAUGCUUGGUCCGUCCUCUCUGAUCCUCCAGUGAAGUCAAUGUACGAUCGAGAGUUGCAGAUGAGUCAAAUGGGUCAAUUCAGUCAACCCUCUAGUCAAUCGCAGCACAUGCAAGAUUCGCAAUUGCAGAGCCAAGCUGAGACCUUGGAGAAUCCUGUGGCCACGAGCUUUUGGACGGUUUGUCCAUACUGCUUUUCACUUUUUGAGUACCCUAAGGUUUACGAGGAAUGCACACUGAGGUGCCAGCAAUGUAAGAGAGCGUUUGCAGCGGUUGAAACGCAAACGCCACCAGUGGAGAGUCAUGGCGAAGGCGUUUACUUUUGUUCAUUGGCUGUGUUUCCAUUACGGAUCCCAGACCAUGCUAAAACCUUGACUUGGUCGCCAGUUUCACCUCUCUUCUUCUGCCCUGCGCAAGGAGGAUCAUCUAAUAUUAAUCAUCAACCAAGCAUGAAAGCUCCUCUAAGAAAAGAUGAUGAUGAAGUAUAUGUCACAAUUUCUGAUGAUGAUGAUGAGAUAUAUGUGACAAUUUCUGAUGAUGCAAAGAAAAACAAAAAGGCAAAUGUUGCACAUGUUAAACUCAAGCCUACUUAGUCAAAGUAAAAUCUUGUUCUGUUUCUGUCUUUGUUUUUAGUUUGUUUUGUGGAUCCCUUUAGGUCCUAUUAGGUUUAUGUAUCGCUUUGUUGAUGUAAUGAUGUUUAUACCAUAGUUAGAUGAUGUUGAAUCAAUGCUAGAUUUUGGGGAGAAAAUGCGUGUUCCGUAUGUAAUCCUCUGUAUCAUAACAACAAAGAUUACGGUUCUAUG